GCCAAUGCACACAUUCCUCCAGACUACCUCCUUAAAAUUUGUGAGCGGAUUGGUCCCCUCUUGGACAGAGAGAUACCUCAGAGUGUUCCUGGGGUACAGACUUUGCUAGGCGUUGGCCGGCAGUCUUUGUUGAGAGCUGCAAAAGACUGUAAGAGUGCACUAUGGAACGGGUCUGCCUUUGCAGCUCUUCACUGUGGCAGACCUCCAGAGCUACCUGCAGACUAUACGAGAGCACCAAAUGUUGUAACAAUCACUUCAGCCAGACAGUUAACCGGAUGUGGUCGCUUCAGCCAUAUAUUCCCUUCAUCUUCUUACCAACAAAUGAAGAUGCAUAAGAGAAUUCUGGGUCACUUAUCCUCUGUCUACUGCGUAGCAUUUGACCGAAGUGGGAGAAGAAUUUUCACAGGUUCAGAUGACUGUUUGGUAAAAAUCUGGGCUACUGAUGAUGGGCGCCUCCUCUCUACACUACGAGGGCAUUCUGCCGAAAUUUCCGACAUGGCCAUCAACUAUGAAAAUACACUUCUUGCUGCUGGUAGCUGUGACAAAGUGAUCAGAGUAUGGUGUGUUCAAACCUGUGCGCCAGUUGCGGUCCUUCUGGGACAUUCAGCUUCUAUUACUUCCUUACAGUUUUGCCCAGCAAGGAAAGGAACAACCCGUUACCUCACUUCAACUGGUGCUGAUGGAACAAUUUGCUUCUGGCAGUGGCAUGUGAACACAAUGAAAUUCAAGGACCGUCCACUGAAAUUUACAGAGAGAUCCAGGCCUGGGGUUCAGAUUUCUUGUUCUUCCUUCAGUUCUGGUGGCAUGUUCAUUGUUACAGGUAGCACUGACCAUGUGAUUAGAAUAUAUUACUUGGGAUCAGAGUCCCCUGAAAAAAUUGCUGAGUUAGAGUCACAUACGGACAAAGUUGUUGCAGUUCAGUUUUGUAACAAUGGAGACAGCUUGAAAUUUGUUAGUGGAAGUAGAGAUGGAACUGCAAAAAUCUGGCAGUAUCAGCAACAAGAAUGGAAGAAAAUGGUGCUUGAUAUGACGACUAAAGCAACAGGGCACAACUUACCCAGUGAAGACAAAGUCAGUAAAUUAAAAGUGACUAUGGUGGCUUGGGACCGAUAUGAUGCCACUGUCAUUACAGCAGUGAAUAAUUUCCUCUUGAAAGUAUGGAAUUCCAGCACAGGGCAGCUUCUUCAUAAUCUGACUGGACACGAUGAUGAAGUGUUCGUUUUGGAAGCACAUCCGUUUGACCAAAGGAUCAUGCUUUCUGCAGGUCAUGAUGGGAACGUUUUUAUUUGGGAUCUUGACCGAGGAACCAAAAUUCGAAAUUAUUUUAACAUGAUCGAAGGCCAAGGCCAUGGUGCUGUGUUUGAUUGCAAAUUCUCACCAGAUGGGCAACAUUUUGCAUGUACAGAUUCUCAUGGGCAUUUGCUGCUGUUUGGUUUUGGAUGCAGUAGAGAUUAUGACAAGAUUCCAGAUCAGAUGUUCUUCCAUACGGAUUAUCGACCCCUCAUUCGAGAUGCUAACAACUUUGUAUUGGAUGAACAGACUCAACAAGCCCCUCAUUUAAUGCCUCCCCCCUUUUUGGUGGAUGUGGAUGGCAACCCCCAUCCUACAGAAUUCCAAAGGCUGGUACCAGGACGGGAACAUUGCAAGGAUCAGCACCUCAUACCACAACUGGGAUAUGUUGCUAAUGGUGAUGGUGAAGUGAUAGAACAGGUGAUUGGUCAGCAGACCAUUGAUCAAGAUGAGCAUGUUCUUGAUGGAAUGAUCAGGGAACUGCAGAGAGAGCAGGACCUAAGACUGUUGAAUGAAGAAGGAAGUUCAUUUAUUCAUAUUAAUAGGCCAUAUUCUCUUAGUGGAGUACUGAGAAGUCCAAAUAUGGACUCUUCCUCAAAUACUGGAUUCCGAUCCACUGAACAACAGAUGGAAGAAGAUGAAGAAAUGCCUAGUUCUUCUCAUGGUCAGUUGUCCCCUCAGAGGGACUUCAUGUCAUGGAACCGAAGAGUAGUGGUCAGUGAGCUACAUCCUGGUGUUAGUAGGGUACAGGAGGAGUGUCGAGUUGCCAAAGGUGAAAGAGAAGUUAAUAUUUAUACUUUUGAAAAGAAAAGAAAACCAUCUCACACCAUCCAGCGAACUGAUUUUCAACCUGGUAGUGGACGAGCUUUACGAAGAACGCAGCGCAAGCGCCAACAUGCUUACCAAACACGCUCUACCAUAGAGCAUAAUCCACAAGUAUCAAGUCAAAGUACAGCUGCCCAGGAAGAAUCAGAAAGCUCCUCAGAGGAAGAGGAAACUGGAGGCACGAGCGAUGCAUCUGCAGAUGAUGUUGUAGCUGAAUGGCAAAUGGAAAGCUCUUCCAGUGAUUCAUCAAGUGACUAUUCUGAUUGGACAGCAGAUGCUGGAAUAAAUCUGCAACCUCCAAAGAGACAAACCAGGCAGACAACACGGAAAAUAUGUAUCAGCUCUGAGGAAGAGAAUUUGAAGGAAUCUAAAUCAAUAGAAGCCAAGAAAAAUAAACCAAAACAGACAAGAAAAAAGAAACCAAGUGGCCUGCCUGCAGUAGCAGGUGAACCUAGUGAAGAAUGGCUUGCACCCCAGUGGAUCUUGGACACUCUCCCACGCCGCUCCCCAUUAGUUCCGCAGAUGGGAGAUGAGCUUAUAUAUUUUAGGCAAGGCCAUGAAGCUUAUGUGCGGGCUGUUAGAAAAGCAAAAAUAUACAGUAUUAAUUUACAGAAACAACCAUGGAACAAAAUGGACCUCAGGGAACAAGAAUUUGUAAAAACUGUGGGAAUCAAAUAUGAAAUUGGACCACCUACACUUUGCUGCUUGAAGCUCGCAUUUCUGGAUCCCAUCUCAGGCAAAAUGACUGGAGAAUCUUUUUCCAUUAAGUACCACGAUAUGCCAGAUGUUAUUGAUUUCCUUGUUCUCCACCAGUUUUAUAAUGAAGCCAAAGAAAGGAACUGGCAGAAUGGUGACAGAUUUCGCAGUAUAAUCGAUGAUGCAUGGUGGUUUGGAACUGUGGAGAGUCAACAACCUUUCCAGCCAGAGUAUCCUGACAGUUCUUUCCAGUGUUAUAGUGUUCAUUGGGACAAUAACGAAAGAGAAAAGAUGAGCCCCUGGGACAUGGAACCAAUUCCAGAAGGAACUCCCUUCCCAGAUGAAGUUGGUGCUGGUGUCCCUGUAUCUCAGGAAGAACUGACUGCUUUGCUCUAUAGGCCCCAAGAAGGAGAAUGGGGGGCGCAUUCUAGAGAUGAGGAGUGUGAACGGAUUAUUCAGGGCAUCGAUCAUCUUCUUACCCUGGAUUUUGCUAGCCCUUUUGCUGUUCCCGUGGACCUUAGUGCCUAUCCCUUGUAUUGCACUGUAGUCGCUUAUCCGACUGACCUCAACACAAUUAGACGGAGACUUGAAAACCGGUUUUAUAGGAGAAUAUCAGCUUUGAUGUGGGAGGUACGAUACAUUGAGCAUAAUGCCAGGACUUUUAAUGAGCCAAACAGUCCUAUAGUUAAAGCAGCCAAAGUUGUAACUGAUGUUUUACUUCGCUUUAUUGGUGAUCAGAGUUGUACUGAUAUUCUGUCCACGUAUAACAAAGUUAAGGCAGAAGAUUUUAUAAGCACUGAGGAAGAUGGGGACCAGGACUCGCCAGAUGUAGAUUCUGAUGGUCCUGGAACAUCCUCUGGAAUAACAGUAAGAUGCCCACCCAAAACUUCCAUUCAAGCAACUCCUGUUGAAUGGGUAAAACAGUGUAAAGAACUUUUGAGCCUCAUUUAUGAACGUGAAGACUCUGAGCACUUUCGACAACCAGUCGAUCAAUUGUCUUACCCGGAUUAUCAAGAUAUUAUAGACACUCCUAUGGACUUCAGCACUGUGAAAGAAACUUUGGAAGCAGGAAACUAUGCCAGUCCUUUGGAAUUUUAUAAGGAUGUUCGCCUAAUAUUCACCAACUCAAAAGCUUAUACUCCUAAUAAAAAGUCAAGGAUCUACAGCAUGACUCUUCGCUUAUCUGCCUUAUUUGAAAAUCAUAUUAAAAAUAUAAUCUCUGAUUAUAAAUCUACCAUCCAGUGUCAGAAGAGGAAACAGCCCCCGUACAGAAAACGGAUCCGAAGCAGCAGUAGUUCACCAAAUAGUAGCAGAGCAUCGAGUCCAAAAGGGAAAAAGAAACAAGUGAAGACAGAGUCUCAAAGUGACCCAAAUACCUCCCUCCCUUUGACCCGGACGAGUUCUUCUGUCUCAUCUCAUGUUUCAGAGCCUGGUGAUGAUCCUGGUGGAUAUGUAAUUGAUGAAGCUACUGAGGGACAAAGUUCUUCCAAUCCAAAUGUACAAAGCCAAAAUGAAAAUAGUACUGCUCCAAGCAAAAGUACAUCAUCCCAGAGUAAAGUUACAUCAGCUGAAAGAGAUCAGUCCCUUGCCGAGCCCCUUACAAAUGGCGAUGGAGAACAACACCAAAAAGGAGUGAAGAGAAAAUUAAUUAUUACAUCAGAAGAUGAUGAAAGCCAUGAUGAAGGACAGAAGAAAGAAAGACGAGAGAGAGCAUGUUCAUCUUCAUCAGAGAGUGGGGAGUCUAAUUCCAGUUCUGAAAGUUCGUGUUGCUCUGAUACGGACUCCGAUUCAAGUUCCAGAACGGACCGUGAUUAUGUAGAGGGAGACCACGACUACAGCAAAGUCAUUCGUACCAGACCUAAAAGAAAGCUCAGAAAGAAUCUUGCCAGUGGAAAGAGACCGUGGAAGACCAGAGGAAAUGCAGAAAGAGGUGGUAGAUGGGGCAGAUGGGGCCGGUGGAGCAGAGGAGGAAGAGGAAGAGGAAACAGAGGUCGUGGAAGUCGAGGAAGAGGAAAUGGCGCAAGGGGGAGAGGAAGAGGGAGAGGAAUCUCAAGAGGAAGCUCUAGAGCCAAACGUUUACACGUUGCGGAUGAUGAAUUUGACAACAUGUUGUCAGUUCGAUUUAGUAGACUGCCCCGAAUUAAAACAAGAAACCAAGGCAGAAGAACUGUUUUGUAUAAUGACGAUUCCGACAAUGACAGCUUUGUUCCCGCUGAAGAUCCAUUGAAUCUUGGUACGUCCAGAUCUGGCAGAGUACGUAAAAUGACAGAGAAGGCCCGGGUCAGUCAUCUCAUGGGAUGGAAUUAUUAGUAAAUGAACCUUUAGGUAAAUUUUUAAAAAUCACAUCCCAAUGGCCUUCUCCUACAGGGAAUAUACCAGGCAAAUCUACCAAGCAAAUUGUGUGGGGAUUUUCUGCUUCCUUCCAGUGGUGCUUUUUCAUUAUGCCAGUAUAAGUUUGUUUUGAGACUCGAGCUCUCCACACUUCAAUUUUCCCUGCAAGCCUUACUCAUUAGGCCUUAAAGUAAAGAAAUUCUGCUCCCCCCACACACUACAUAUUUACUAUGUUAAAGGAGCUUCUGGCUUCUCUACAGUAGCAUGACAUUUUUAUCACAAAAAGGAAAUCGCCCUUUUUUGGUUUUGUAUUAUAGAAAUUACAGCACCUUCUUACAGAGUUUUUAUAUAGUUUGUUUUUUGUUUUGUUUUGUUUUGUUUUUUUUUUUUACCAUUUUGAUUCCUAUACACAGUAAUAAUGAUAACUUUUGCACAAUACAGCAAUCCUAAAAGGCAGCUAUAAAAUGUUUACAGUUUCUAUAUUGUAAGAAGGAUCUGGAUUAUUUUAAUCAUCCCAGGCCAAACUUUCACAAAUUGUACUGAGCUGAAGUAUAUUUAUACGACAGGUUUUUGGGGGGAGGGGGAAGGGGAGGGGACCUGAGCGAGAGAGAAGGUGGGGAGCUGGGGGGGGGGAGAAUCUUGAUAUGAUUUUCAUUGGUUCUUCAUGUUUAAAAGUGAGAAAAGGGUUGGUGCCUUGUAAAUAUGUAGCAAAUCUUUGCUGUGGUGUGUCCUGAUGUGUGCAUUAACUUUAUUUAAAAAAAAAAAAAACAAUACUUGAGAAGUAUCAAAAUCUAGACAAAAGGUGCCAAAUGCAAAAGUUACUUGCAUCUAUUUUCUUUUUCUUAUAUUUUAAUGCAUUAGACAUUGUGUAGCUAAAGGUGAAAAAUUCCUCAUCUGCACAGAGUAAGUUCUCUGAAUACAGUAGCUCAGCUACCUCUCAUAAACUACAACUACUGGAAACCUAAAAGAAAAUAGAUGCAGUUCUGCAUUACUAAGAAGAAAUUAGAAGUAGCCAAUCAUUAGAAAUGCUUUGCUCACAAAUGAUAAGCCAAAAGGUUGUCUACGAUCCUAUUGGCUCUGACUUUAAUAGCAGUAAUUGUCAAAAUUCCACAAGCCUUGUGUACUCUACCUUAGCUUAUAUUAGAACUUGUCUGUGUAAGUAGUAUAUUGGGCUGUUGUUUUCUAUGUCUCUGCUACUACUUACUAUUUAAUAGAUGUGGCUUUGGUUUUCAUUCAGAUCUUGAAACUUUUAACAUCUAGUUUGCGCUGUGAUGUCCUAACUGACUAAUAUUUGGGGUCAACUUUUGUAGCUUCUGUUCAUACUGUUUUUUAAAAAAGGGCUCUUCUGUUACAGUCUUUUAGAAAAGGACCUGUUGUUGCACUCUAUACUGAUGUUUUGAUCUAUGACUUCCCGGGGAUAGGGAAAGACUUGAAAACUCUCGUGCUCAUGUUCACAGCAAUAGAAUUUACAUAUGGUGCCAUAAGAAAGUUUGGGUCAAAAGACUUGUUUUAUUUCUUGAAUUUGAGACAUUCGCACUCAUCGAGUAGCAGGUAUUGAUUGUGAUGGAAUGAAGAAAAUCGGCUCCGAUUCAGCUAGUAGUAGCAGAUUUCUUGGACUUGACCAUUACUUAACGGGAUCAGCCUUGAAGCGGUUGAUUCAUUCAGCCAUCCUAAAUCAGUACUUAAUUACAAAGCUACCUACAAAUCAUUCCAUGCUUUUGGAUGCUUUAAUUUUUGAUAAUUCCAUCAAAAGUAAAGGAAGGAGUGUAUACAUCCACACACGAUACACACACAGGCAUGAAACUUUGGGCAAAUGAAAUGGAGGAGGACAUCCUGGCCUGACAUCCUUGAGCCUAUUUUGUUUUGUCAUACAAAUGAUGUUUGGGCUUAACAGAAGUGUUAUUGUGAAACGUUAAUGGCACUAACUUUGCUUUUUGGUACGGUAAAUGUCACUGCUACCUUUCUGUUGUUUUCUUCACUGAUUCCAAACUCCAUUCUAGGCGUGAAUUCAAGAUUUCUUUUGCAAUCUUGGUCUUCACAUGGAUCUUUGCCUAUGUGCACUAUUUCAGUCACUCCUCUUUUAUGCACUUGGAAGAGUUUGUGCUAUUCUUUUCCUGGACUUUCCAGUAAACAGUGUAACAUGGAUACACUUCAGUUAGUAUGCACACUCUAAUACAUACCAUCCGAGGUUCUUAGCAUAAUUUUUACAUUCCUCUAUUCAGCUGUAGUAGAAUUGCCAUUUAUGUUAAUCUUAGCUAGUUUAAGCAUUAUUUAUUUAUUUCAAAAAAGAGAAAUUUGUUUAGUCCCCAAGACAUUUUUCUUGAUGUGAGAUCGUUUUGAUAAGGUGAACUGUGUUUUCUUUGAAGAGUUUAGUUUAUGUCUUUUGAAAUACUGUGAAGUUAAUAGUGAAGCAGCAUUUGGCUCAAGUGUGAGUCUUAAUCUUCUGGGUUGGAAUGGUAAGAACAAGACAGAAGCUUGUGCCAGAGCAAAGCAGUCUUUGUUGACUGCAAAACAUCCGUUUGCAUGCAGACCUUCUGGAUGCAUGAAAAUAGCCUCAGUUUGGAGGAGUCUUUAUGUUCAUAUCUGAAUUUUUGGUUUCCGAUUUAGAUAGUAUUUUUGAAAGUCUCAUAGGAUGCUGUGUAGAGUUUUUUAAACUUUUCAUUACCUUGUCAUUCCCACUUUUUUCUCAGAGCCCAUUUAUUUAAGCUAGACUUUGGGCCCUAGGAAAAGUAAAGCAGGAGAGAUUAAUUGAGAGAAAGGAGGGGGGGAGAUGGACAUAGCAUUUUUCAUCCCUAGGCAAGACCACUUCUUUUUAGCUCCAAUAAGGUAUUUAUGUACACAUGUCGUGAGCUUGGUCUUUAUAUUGUAGAUUAUAAGUGGUUUAGCAGAGAUGCUAGCCAGCCUAUGGGCUUCCAUCAUAUUAAUGCUUUUAAGAGUCUCGCGAUGAGUAAAUUUAAAACAAAAAUGGUUUGAGUGUUUGGGUCUGGAAGGUGUAUUGGGGUUUCUUUUGGGGUUCUUUUUUCCAGCGGUAAGAACUGUUUUCCCCAAACCCCACCAUCCUGGUUAGUUUUUGCAUUUUUAAUGCAUUUAUAUUUCCCCCAAAUCUUCACACCUUUUGUUACUCAGACAGGAAAAGGAACUUAUUCCAUGGUUAUCCAAUUCUUGCAUCUCUCCUACUGUUCCUGACUUAACUGCUGUCAAUCCAGUUUAGGUACACAUCAGAUGCCUCUGUUGAACCUUAAUUUACUGACCUUUUUUUUCCCUCUUUUUUUCCUCUCCUUUUUUCCUUCCCUGAAGAUUUUGUAUUACUGCUCCCAUCCAUCCUGGAAGUGUAGGUUAACCUAAUGAAUAGAAAUCAUAGAACUUGUUCUGUAAAACUGGGGUCUUAAACAAAAUGUCCACAUUUGGAAUUUUCUUUUCUCCCACCCCUUCUCCCAAAGCACGUUCAGAAUUUAGUAGAACUUGUUUCACUUCACACCUCCUCCUCCUCCUUUUUCUUUCUCUCUUUUUUUUUAAAGUUUUCUGUAGGCUCACUUCCCAUGUAGCUUUAUCGAAAUUGGAUGAUAUUGUUAAAUUUUGUUCUUUUGAGCCUUUUCACAAGUAUAUUAUUCUGGCUUCGAUGGUAAAUUGAGGGUACCUUUUGCUGGUUUUGCGUAUCUUGACAAUGAGUUCAUGCAGUUUUAUCAACAGGUGCUCACUUAAGACUUUGGGAUUUUUGCACAAUUUUUAAAACAUCUCAAGUUAACUAUAAUUAGUUAUUUAUUAUUGGAAUGUUAAAUGAUCAUCACUGUUUUGAUUUUUGAAAUUUACACUAUUUAGGAAAGAUCACAUUUUUUGAUAUUUAAGAUCCAUUUUUGACUGUUAAUCAAGUGACAUUUUAUGAUACCUGAAGAACUGUCAAAAUGGAAACAGAAUCUUGCAACAUCUUUCCAAAGAAUUUUUGCUUUGAAAAACAUCUUGGGAGAUUUUUCAUGCUCUUUCCUUUAUUUUUUUUUAUUUGACACGAAAGUGAUUAUUUCCAUGUUACAAAAUUUUUUUUGAUGCCAGUAUAAAGAUUAAAGCCAUUUUUCCAGGUGCUACAUUUAUGCCAUAUAAGUGACACUCAGAUCUCCCUAAUAUUUGUUUUUUUAUCUGUGUUCUUAAUCUCCUCCUUUCCUCUCCCCCCCCUCCCCUCUUCCCACCAUCUUCUUGGUGUUCUCAUGCCCAGUUUCUUUAUUUCACUUUCUGUGAUAUAAAACUGCUACCUACAUUAGCACAAGUCAGCAGGACUGGCAAUUGUGUAAAUAGAAAUUCUCUACAGCUUAGAAUUAAAUAAGGUGUGUUUGUCUUCCUAACUAUAUACUCACUUGUUAUUGUAACACUUAACUUAAACCUAGAGAAGGAGACCUUCGUGGAUUAAGAAGAGAAUGAUUAGUACUUUCUAGAAAGCAAAAUUGAAGGAUAGCAGACUCCUUAGAAAUCUAGGUUGGGAAAUAUUUUUACAAUUCUAUAUAAACAGAUAUUAGCUAUUAGGAGGUACUAAAAAUUCGAAUUCUUAACCAAUAGUGUGUGGUGAUGGCAAUCAGGAAAUGACUUCUUUGGUCCUGUGUUUUAUCACUCUGUUCCUUUGUAAGCCCCUACGUAGUAUUUAAUAGUACAGUGAUCUGGUCCUUAGGGUCCAUGUUUUGAGAAGGGAAAUGACCCUGAAGUAAUUGAUAUAUUGUUUUAUGAAUAAAAGGGUCUAUGAAACUAAAAUUUCAGUGAGGAAGCCAAGCUAAUGAGACUUCGCUUUCAAAACAAAACAAAACAAAACUGGUUAAAGGAACACUUUCUUUAGAAACUCUUUGAGGGGGGAAAUACUGGACUAACUCACUGCCAAAAUGCACUCUUGCUACUUUAUGCCUUAACUCAUGGUUAUGAGGAGAGUCGGUAGCAAAGCGUCAAGAAGAUGGCAGAUAACACUGGGAAUUUCUCACUGUAGGUCCAGAUGGGAACUUGAAUAGUUAGAAAGAUGUCAUUUCUUGGCGUUUACUUUUUUUUUUUUUUUUUUUUUUUUGGUUCUUUCUCUGCCAUAGAAUGUUUUAAAAAUGUUGUUUACCUGAGAGACAUAAGGAGCCUCCUGCUAUCUAAGAAUGAAGGAUUCUCCUUCACUUGGAAAUAGUUACUGCUAAUACGUUUGGGGUCACUUUUAGUGGUGGUAAAUCUGAUGUUUACACUUGAAAUCUGGGCGGCUCGCUGUGUUGAAAUGUCAACUUUAGAAACUUUGGUCUCAACACUUUUUAAGUGUUUUAGACCUCAAGACUGAGAUGUUUCAGACCCUCCUCUGGCUCACAACAAGAUUUUCUAGUUGAGCCACAAAGCCCUGAAAUUUUUGAUUUUUUUUUUUGGGCAGAAUUGCCUGCAGUCUUAACUGUAAUAUUUUAAGUGGUGCUUUACUAAAAUGUGUGGGGAGGGCAAAGGGUGGAAAGUUUGUGGUGUUGGGUGGGAUUGGGAGGGAUAGAGGGGGGUGGGGGUGACCAUGAGCCAGAAGCUGAAGGAGCUAUCACUCUGUCAGCUAAUAGGGACUUUUCAGCCUAGUUCCUUACCUUCUGUGUUUAGCCAUGUACUUCCCUCCCAGUGCCCAGAACUUACUUCACUGGCUUCAAGAUUAUUUGGCUGGCCAAGGAUCGGACUACACUUACGCAUUUCCUUUCUGUUAUACAAAAUUCAAGAAAUAAACUGUUUUAAGAAAUCUUAUCACCCAUCUCUUUCUGGCACCCCCAGUGGCUAUGACAAUGGCCUUUAGCUGAUAGGAUUGGGAGGGUUUAAAAAAAAAACGAAGCUGUUUGUUUUUAUUAGGUUAAAAAUUCCAUUUGACACAUUACAGAAACAUUUUUUCAAAUUUCCUUGGGUCUUAAAAUUUUUCCUAUAUUGUUUCUCAUUAGGAAAAAAUAAUAUAUUCUUUGCAGCAGUAUUGAUUGGGCAAGAUCACUUUGGACUUCAUUUGUGUUUUUGGUUUUGGUUUUGGUUUUUUGUUUGUUUGUUUGUUUUUUUCCACUUGAGCUCAGAACAAAGUUUAAGUACUGUCUAACCUCUUAAAAUUUUAUGUGUUCCUGACAGUUUAAAGCAGGCCACCAAAAAUGCACAAAAACAGAUUGAACUAAGACAUUUAGUUUGGGUGUUGAUUUUCAAGGGAUAUUUAUGCCCAUAUAUUUACAGCCUCAAUCUCAGGUCCCUUUAAAUAAAUAUACUUCAGGGAUUUUUAAUGCCACCCAAUGAUGGCAGACCAAAUGUAAUAUUUAUAUGCAAUGAGCUGUUAGUGUUUGUAUUAUAAACAUGUAAAUCUGUAAAUUUUGGGGGGAGUUCACUUAUGUAAUUUGAGAUGUUAUCGUUUUCCAGCUGUCUUAAUAAAAAAGAUAAAACUCUUGCUUUGGAUUUGA